UAAUUAUUAAGUAAUAACUAGUAGAAUUUUUCACUUAAUUUUUUUGUCACAUAUUUUUUUUGCGCAAUCUGACGACAUAACCUCUGCCGAUUAAAAAAAUGGCGACGCGUUUAAGUGAACGACAAAAAAUUCGUUCAUUUUUAAAAGUUACUCUUUGCGGUACUGCAGUAUUCGCUGGUGCAUGUUUGUACCACGGAAAUGAAAAAUUUUACAAUGAAAUCGCGAUGCCUUUGGUUAAAUUUAUUGAUCCUGAGGUUGCUCAUAACUUGGCCGUAGCUGCCGCUAACUUUGGAUUUAUAUCACAACAAAAAACACCCGAUCCACCGGGUUUGAAACAAACUGUUUUUGGAUUAAAGUUCAGCAAUCCUGUUGGUAUGGCUGCUGGUUUUGAUAAACAAGGCGAGGCUAUCAAAGGUUUGACUAAAAUGGGUUUUGGUUUCGUUGAAAUAGGCUCUGUUACUCCGAACCCACAGCCAGGAAAUCCUAAACCUAGAGUGUUCAGAUUGGCUGAAGACAAAGCGAUCAUAAAUCGCUACGGGUUCAACAGUGAAGGUCAUGAUGCUGUUUACAAACGUCUGGUUGAUCUUAAAAAUGAUUCAAACUUUAUUGGAAUCAUCGGAGUUAAUUUGGGAAAAAAUAAAACGUCAACGGAUCCAGUUAACGAUUACGUUGAAGGUGUAAGAAAAUUCAGUGACGUUGCUGACUACCUCGUAAUAAACGUCUCGAGUCCCAACACCGAAGGAUUGAGAGACCUGCAGGGCAAAGAAAAUUUAGAAAAACUACUGAGCACAGUAAAUAAUAUCCGUCAAAGUAUCAAAUCAAAUCCUCCGUUACUUUUAAAGUUGGCGCCUGAUCUAACGGUCAAUCAACGUCAGGAUGUCGCAGAUGUUAUUCAAAAACCAAAAUGUAAAAUUGAUGGUCUUAUACUUUCGAACACAACAAUAAGUCGUGAAAAUUUGUCAAGUGAAUACAAAAAUGAAACUGGAGGCCUCAGCGGAGCACCACUCGCUGGUUUAUCAACAAACUUCAUUGCUGAUAUGUAUAAACGAACUAAAGGGAAAAUCCCAAUUGUCGGUGUCGGGGGAAUUUUUUCAGGUAAAGAUGCUUUUGAUAAAAUUCAAGCUGGUGCUUCUCUGAUACAAAUAUACACUUCGUAUGCUUACCACGGGCCGCCCAUUGUACAGAAAAUAAAAAAAGAACUCAAUGAUUUAAUUAUUUUGAAUGGUUAUUCGUCAAUUGCUGAUGCCGUUGGCAAAAAUGUUAAAUAAAUAUUUCAUUUUUAUCUGUA